AUGGUGGUCCCCAAAAUUUCAUCUUAUUCUUUUGGUAAAAGAAACCUCCGCACACUUCCGCCCUCACUUUCCCUUUCCCUCUCCCUCUCCCUCUCGCCCUCACUUUCCCUCUCCCAAUCCCUCUCGCCCUCACCUUCCCUCUCUCGCACUCUCUUGCCUUUGCUCGCCCUCGCCCUUCCCUCUCUCUCUCUCUCUCUCUCUCUCUCUCUCUACGCAUCGUCUCCAGCAUCAUCUCCAGAUCUGGUGCAGCCAGCAGCCUCCACCCUUCACCUCUUCCCCAACCAGGUUCUUAUAUACAGAGAUUGGACGUCUUCAAACAUUCACAAUAGCCAUAGAUGUAGUGGAUACGAACAAUUGCAAGUCGAUGAUUCUACAAGCUUGUUUUUUCUCUCAAGGACAGAUUUUCCUGGCAAAGGAAAAUUCAAAAUGAGACCGGGCUGGAAAUUGCAUCUAUAUUUCACACAGAUGCCAUGUGGGGAUGCAUCAAUGACUUCACCAUUGUCAUCAUUAAGUGAUGAGCCCCAACCAAAAGAGAAUUUGCUGUCUAUACUCAAAGCCCCAGGUUCUAUGGGUGAGUGUCUAGAAGUGUCCUUAAAGAAUGUAGGCAAUUGGAGUUAGUUUUUUUUUUUUUUUUACUAUCGUAGUGAAUUUCAUUAGUCAUAGGAAGCUCUUUUUUUAAUGCCUCUGUUUUUCUCUUUCACAUCCUAAAAGAAUUACUUUCUUGCUUCCUAUUUCUUGGGUUAGAUUAGAAAACUACUGGAAAGCCAGUCUCCUCUGUCUUGGAAGUACCUACUUUCAUGCCUCUUAUUUCUUGCAUUUGUUGCACACAGUCACAUAAAUGCUACCACAAAUAUUAAAAAAUGACAUGUUUCAUGCAUAGUUUUGCAGACACAUUGAUGAU